CGGGUCGUUCGUGCCGCUUACACAUCCGAUCUUUACCGGCCGCCCAAAAAAAUAAACAUCGAUUUUUGAACGUGUAGUGCUUGUGCUAGUGUCUGUGUUGUGCUGUGGAUUUUUGGAUUCGGAAUGCUAUGAUGUAAGUUCGAAUGUCGAACAGUUACUGAGUGCAGCUUAAAUUGUAACCGGCCAUUAUGAGAACGGUAUGUGUCUCUGCUGAUCAUCAAUUUCGUGGGAUUAUUUUAACAUCUCUUUUUGAAACCGUAUACGCUGACAGUGUCAAGGCGUGAGAUUAUGCGCGGGCACGUCAUCUAGCCAUGUCUAUUCUGCUCAGCGCGCUCGGAGUGCUGGCGAUCGUCUCGCGCACCGGUUGCACAGACAACGCAAACGCUCUCGGCUCGGAGGGGGUCUCAGAGUUGGACUACACAGACGUGGACCUCGGGCUGACACAGCGGGGGCCACACUUCGACGUGGCCUACUCCAGGAACGUCACGGCCCUCGUCGGCAAGACUGCGCAGCUGAACUGCAGGGUACAUGACCUUGGAAAUAGGACGGUGUCAUGGAUCCGCCACCGCGACAUCCACCUGCUGACGUCAGGCCGGAUGACUUACACCUCAGACCAGAGGUUUAUCAGCGUCCACAAUCCUCACACUGAGGACUGGAUAUUGAAAAUAAGGUUCCCGCAACGGCGAGACUCUGGCAUCUACGAAUGUCAAGUUGGUACGACGCCACCUAUCGGCCAUCGAAUGUACCUCUCUGUCGUCGAGCCGCUGACGACGAUUCUGGGCGGUCCGGAGCUGUUUAUCAACACUGGCAGUACCAUCAACCUCACGUGUGUGGUGCAGCACUCGCCCGAGCCACCACCAGCCAUCCGCUGGACUCAUAAUGACGAGGAGAUCAACUACGACUCCCCCCGCGGCGGGGUGUCGGUGAUCACGGAGAAGGGAGAGACGACCACGUCACACCUGCUGGUGCAGCGCGCCCGGGCGCCCGACUCUGGCCGGUAUACCUGCGCCCCGGCCAACGCCAACCCCAGAUCCGUGCUGGUCCAUGUACUGAGUGGUGAGCAUCCAGCGGCGAUGCAGCAUGGGGGUCAGCUCCGUAUCCAGUACCCACUAUCUUCUGCCCUCCUUAGCAUCAUCGUGGCUCUCAUGGGAUGCUAGUACACAUAGCUAGACAACGGCAUUUUGUAUUCGAAGCGUGGAAGCAAAGGAGUGAUACACUUUUAAGUAUAGAACCGAAAUCGCGUGUAAAGUGCGUCUAGAAACGGAUAGAUCGAAGAGUCAUGAAAUAACAUAAAUUCACGAAUAUUAUAGCAACUGAGGCAGUCAGAGAAGAACCGAUACUUCGCCGGGCUUUCUGUAAGACCAGUUUCCAUUUGUUUGUGUAGCGUGUUUGUGUGUCUCUGUGGAUGAUUCCACUCCAUGCAAAUCGAUACUGAGGUAUCGCGGCCGCCUCAACUGACGAGCUGUUUCAAUACUGAUACGCGCGAGUUUCGUUUACAAUUAAAAUAUUUUUAUUAUUCUUAUCAUGGCAGUCAGGUCCCGAUCAUACAGUUGUCUGUCGAGCAGCUUUCCUGCGCACUAACGCUGCGUUCACACGAUAAAAUUGUACUUGUCAAAAAUAAUUUCAAAGUAAUAAUUAACGAAGAGGUGCAUACAGAAGUCGGUUGAAAUUGCAGCACUUGCGUUCCAAAGCCGAUGGACGUAGUAUACGAUACCGACGACCCGAUUACCCUAUCCAUAGAGGCGGCCAAUCAGCUCGCGACAAUAAACACUUCAGAACCCCGAUACCGACUCGUUAUAUUUUUUUACGCUGGCAAAAAGUAAAAGUAAAAACUCUGAUCAGGUUUUUGUAUGGUCAAUAUUCUGCAAGACUCUUCUAUCGACACUCAGACAUACUUAAAGAAAUAAAAGAAAGUGAUCUUGGCAAGUAGACAAGAGAAGAAUCGCAAGAAUAUUUCGUCUUGAAAAAUCACCUUUUGUGCAGUCAAAGUUAUUACUUUUUUCUUAACGCGAUGGACGUUAGCAAAGUAAUAGAAACACGAGUUUAAACUAUCGAUAAAGUACACUUUAGCGAUCAAUAGAUGGCGCUCACUGAAGGUAGCUCUUCUCCAAUAGGUAACUAUUUAGAUAAUAAUAAGUGUAAAAGAAAUAAAAUUCGCCCCUGCGGCAUAAGUUACGCUAUGAAAUGCGACGCGACAUACCUCUCAUGAAAUACCAUAAUGAAAUAACUCAAAAACAUAGUUUAAAAAAAAAGCGAUUGGAAAGUUAGACUAGCGCAUAGCUAUUUCUGUAUUGCAUCAAAAAUAUUACGGACUGACUAGCGUCAGAAGAGAAAGUGUUGCUUGUUAUUUUGUAUAUCAUAACUCAAAAUAUAUUUUUUUGAGUUGUUAUAUUAUUGGAUUUCACGUAG